AUGAAAGCUGUGGCAUUCUUGAUGUGUUUGCUGGGCUCCUCACUAGCGGCCCCUGCCCCUGACAGUGGCAGCAAUGAGCAGGCAAUUAUUAGUCAUGCUAACACAGCACUGCAGUUGAUGGAACUCUACAGAAUGUUUGGACAUCUGCGGCAACAGGGGUUUGGUGCUGUUCCUACUGGUGUUCAACUGCCUGCAGCACCUGCAGCGCCCGCACCUGUUGAUGCCCAGCCUCAGGUUUCACCUCAAGCACCACAGCAGGGCAUUUUUUUCAACCCCGCUCUUUUCGCACCCACAGGAGAUGGGUCAGAUGAGGAAGGAGCACCGCAGUUUCGUGGGUUUUAUCCUCCUUACGGCUACCAGCCUGCCCAGCCGGCUGCUGCUUUGAACUCAGAUGAGGCCGAAGGGGCAGAAGAAGCAGAGGGUGCAGAAGCAGCAGAAGGAGCUGAGGCUGGAGCCCAACCUGAACCUGCUGGAACUGCUGCAAUUGCUACUGCCGCAAAUGAGAUCGCACCCGUUGAUGUUGCCGUAGAUGUUGCUGUUGAACCUGCUACCGAAGUAUUUGCAUCUGCUGUUCCAUUCCUCAUCCCUGAGGUACCGGCAGUUGCUGUGGAAAUCGACACUACUUUGGUAGGGCCUGAUGCCACUGCUGGUGCAGACCAGGUGUUGGUGGCUGAUGCUCCUGAUGCUGCUCUAACUGUGCAGUGAGAGAGAUGAUCACAAGCCCCUCCCCCUAGAUCCUAACCAAUCAGUCACAUCGAUGACAUUAAGACCACACCUCAAUGGUCUAAACAUUAUAG